UCCAUACCUGCCCUAGAAGAUUGUCGGGUCAUUUACAAGCUCUACUCUGAAGCCGACAUCGUCUUUCAGCUUAUGUUUACACCCCACUGCCUCUUGGAGAAGCUCAAGCCAGAGUCUGUCGAGCACUUUAUGGAAUCCCUCAGAACACCAAUGCACCCCACCCUCCUGGCCAAGAAGAUGCUCAUGUUGGGCACGAUGCUUCAACGAGUUCCGACUCAUGCCGGGGAGAUUGCGUCUGAAGAAACUUAUCGCAUCGUGGACAGGCUCGCAGAAACAGCUAUUUCUGUGGUGUGCGAGAACAACGUACUGUUGGGCACGCUCGACGGCCUCGAAUGUCUCAUUCUGCAAACUGUUUAUCAUGCCAACGGAGGUAAUCCUAGGUUAUCACUGCUAACCUGCCGCCGCGCGAUAACUGUUGCCCAACUGAUGGGGCUUCACCGCCCACACGACCCAGCCACCAUUGAGACCGUAGAUCCGAAUUCGACGGCUGUACCUGGCUUCGUGUGGUUCCGUCUGGUAUACCUGGAGCGCUUCAUCUGCCUACUUCUAGGACUUCCCAGCAGCACCCACGAUGCCAAGGUCAUCAAUGACGAGAAGACGCAGUUGUACGUCAACAGCCAUCACAUUGACAGACUCGAACAAGUUCAUUCCGCCAUCGCCGCCAAGAUCAUUCAACGAAAUGAGUCGGGGUCAUAUCUAUUCGACAUGGAUACGACUCACGCACUGGGCCAAGAGCUUCAAGUAAUAGCCACGACGAUGCCGCCGCGCUGGUGGACGAUUCCAAACUUCACCAAACGGCAUAAGGACCCUAUGCCAAUCGUCCGCAACAGCCUCAAUCUCGCCAACCAGCUCUUUCACUUCUUCCUCAUCAUCGAGCUCCACCUCCCCUUCAUGCUCCGCCACUCCAAGAAUGGCGCAGCCAGCAGCAGCAGAAUGGCCUGCGUUGACGCGAGCAGGGAAGUUCUCUCCAGGUUCAUCGCGAUCCGCAAUCCGGAGGGAAUAUGUAGCAUCCCCGAUGCCGCCGACUUCUUUGCCCUCAUCGCUACUAUGACGCUUAUGCUCGCGCACAUUGACGCCCGAAGGCGCGAUAGGGGAAAGGAUAUUCUCGCGCACCAGAGGCACACGGACCGCGACAAGGUCGAGCAGACGUUGGAGCAUAUGCGUCACGGGAGCUCCAAGAACACGGAUAUGCUCUCUAUGGAGAGCGCAGAUGUCUUGAAGAGUCUCCUUGCGAUCGAGGCUGAUGCUGCCGGGGGCUCAACCUUUACGGCGAGUUUGAGUUCUGCGUCGACGCCAGCUUCGGCUUCGUAUGGUGGUGUGGGUGAAGGGCGGAGCACAGGUGAUGCUAGGAAUGUGCUGCGGCUGAAGAUUCCGUGUUAUGGUACCGUCAUCAUCUCUCCUGAUGCUCCUCCUUCCCGAGAGCCUUGGAUGCCUGUUGGCCGUGCUCAGCAUGGAAUGGUUCCAGACAGCCGUGUUCCGGGAAAUCUCAAUGUUGCGAGUCCCUCUGUCGCAGGUCCCCCAGGAGGAGUGUGCCCAGGUGAAGGGGCUGCGUUCAUCCAAAACUCGAGUGGCCAGGGUGGUGAGAACUUGCAGCUCGAUCCCAAUGUGGGUCCAAGAUGGCUCUUCGAACUCGAGAAUCCCAGGCUACUGGGCAAUGGAAUUGCCGCUGGUCUGGAGGAUUGGCCUUUUCAGGGGGUUGAUGCGGCCUUCUUUGACAAUAUGAUCAGAGGUUUCGAAGGCGGUGAUGAGUUUAGCGGAGCAAGCGUACCGUAA